AUGGCUCCAAAAAUCUGGGAUGUUCUCUCCGAAUCCAAACGCAUAAUAUAUACUCAACCUCGUCACUACCUCACUCUCUCCCUCAUCUUCCUCCUACCUCUCUCUUUCUUUUCCCUCGUCUACAACCUCGUUCUCAAACACCUUCAACAACAACAACCCCCCACAAACCCUACCAACAUCACCUCCUUGUCUCUCCUCUUCCUCCUUUUCUCUUCAAUCUUGUCACACGGAGCCUUUAUCUCCAUCACUUACAGCGUCUACCACUUCUAUUUUAAUCAACCCAUUAAACUCAAAGAAGCCAUCAAAUCUAUCUCCACUUCCUUCUUCCCGUUACUCGCCACCGACAUCGUUACAUUCGUCAUCAUCUUCUUCAUCUUUUUCCUCCUAACACUUCUGAUUGGAGUUGUCUUGAUUCUCAUAACUUAUCUUGGAGAUAUCAACCUCGCAACUCACCCUAUGUUUAUUUACAUGGUUUUAAUGCUUGUUUUACUCCCUCUUGUGGUGUAUUUGUUAAUUAACUUGAGCUUAGUGAAAGCUAUCGUGGUGGUGGAAUCAGUUUGGGGUUUUGAACCAUUGAGAAGAAGUUGGAAAUUGGUGAGAGGAAUGAAGAGGUUGAUCUUGUCAAUCUCUUUCUUGUUUGGGUCAUUGCAAUUGGUGUUGGUGUGGAUAACUCGUUAUAGCUUGGAGAAACAUGGAGAGCUUGCAGAUGAAGAAUUUGGGAAGGACAAGGACGGGGCUGCCUCGUCCUUAAUCCCCAUAUAG